UGCUCGGCGGCGGCAGUAGACGACGUGUGUGUCGACGAUCGUUGUCGGGUGUUGCUCGUUCGGCGUUGUGCGUGCAAAAAACACGCGAUUUACGUAAAUAUUUAAACUAUUACGUUAUUACAGUAUAGUACUACACGGGUGACUGACGUUUGUGUGUGCCGGAAAAUACCUAUAUUGAUAACGUAAUAAUAUUGUUUACGAACCGCAAUAAUAUUGUAAUCGUGUGAUUUCACCGACACCUACACGCUAGUGCACAGUAGAUGAUAAUAUAUAGGCACGCAAAACGUGUGAUGUUGUGUGAACUGUGAUCGCAUAUUUUAUCAUAUUAUCGUAAUCGCCAUCGCCACCGUUUUGUCUUACAAUAAUUUGUCGUCUUCGCCAUACAAUAAUAUUAUUAUAUCGAUCGGAAGGUGCGUUUGUGUGUGUGUGUGUGUGUGUGCGACAGGAAGACGGCGGUGACGCGCCCGCGGGAAUACGAUCGUAAAUAGAUAUUUACGACAGCGGAACGGCGGCGGCGGCAGUAGCAUCAGCAGUGGUACAACAACAACAACAACUCAUCACCACCACCCUCAAGCAAGCGCAGCCAGACGCCGCCACUUUACUGUCGAGGACGAUACAUUACAACUUCGUCAACAUCUGUAAAUAAUAAUAAUAAUAAUAAUAAUAAUAAAUAUCAAUAAAACAAAACCGCCAUCACAACCAUCACCACUACAACCACCUACCAAAAUAUCAUUACUAUCACCACCAAAACCACCAUCAAAUCGACACGACAAUACUACAACACGGCCACGUGGACUUCGGUAUGCAAGCGUCCACGUCGCCCGCGUUCGCGCCGCGGCGCCCGUCCGCCUUGCGCGUGGACGGCGCCGGCGGUCAGCGCACUACUACGGCAGCCGCUUUUUCGUCCGUAGACCGUUUGCUGGCGGACAUCGCGUACCAGCGGCAAAAGGAACGACAGCGCGUGGCCGUGAACGGCCGGCAGAGUCGGCAGAGCCGACGACACCGCUACGACAGUUCGCGACGUUCGGCUUCUACCUCGGCCACAGGAGCAGCGACUACAAAUUGCGUAACAACCACCGGAUCUGAACUCGAUGACGAGGCGGCCUCGGCGUACUGGUGGACCGACGUGUUCCUCCGAUAUUUUGUGUUCGACGAGGACUGCACGAAGACUACCGCCACGGCCGACUCGGACGACUUGUUGUUUUUCGUGCGGCGCCGGCGAAACCGGCGCAAGUGCAGUAAGAGCCGAUCGUCCUCAUCACAACGUCGGCGAAAGGUAACUUACGACACCCGGGCUUAUCGAAAACAACAGCACAACCAACAGCAGCAGCAACAACAGCAGCAAAAACCGACCUUGUUACCGAUCGGCGACCCAGCAAUCCUGUGGCGGCAAACGGUGUGCCUGAACGCCAUCGUUCAUCGGCUGCGGUACACACUCACGGUGGCCGUGUGCGUGCGUGUGCCCAGAAAAGCCGCCACCUGUUUUGGUCACUGCGACAGUUCGCGAGAAUUCGAAUCGGCCGACGACGGGCAAGGAGACUGUGAAUACGACCUUCAGCUGCUGUCGCGAUACGUGCACACAGUGUAUGCAUCGACUAGUGGCAGGCGUAUGGACGCAGCUAAGGGACCUAGAGAGCGGCCUGUGUACCCCGCCUUGUGUUGGGCCGUCGACGAUUUUGCCGAAGCAUUCCGCACAGUGAUUGUACGCCCUGGACAAACGGUAUGCGCCGAGCUGGUUGCAACUUGGCCUGGUCCGGCAACCGUGGUCGAGGAAUACCACAAUAACGACAAUGAUGACGGCAACGACAAAGAUUUGGAUGACGGCAAUUGCAACCAGUUCAGUCGUCACAAAUCCACGCCAGUCAAACUAAAACAAAAUCAAAACAGAGCGGUUCUGUUCACCGGUGCCGUCCCUUACGCUGCGGUGCGCGCCGCAUACGAGUGCAAGAUGAGCUUGUACCGCAAUGCGGAACGCCAACGCAGGAAACGGUGGCGGCAACAGCAACGGAAACGUGGAGGCAAGAAAUCGUCGCUGGGCGCUGCCCUGUCCGCAUCGUUGACGGCGCUGUUCGUGGGCGGCAGCAAAGACUCUGCUCCGUCAUCAGACUGCGGAGAAUAUGAUUGCUAUUACGGUGCUAGCUCUUCUACGGCCGUCGCCGACGCGGAUCGCGUGGAAUACGUGACGGUGCGCGGUUGCCGGCCGAGUUGUGAUGACGACAGCGGCGGCGAAUUGUCAUCGGAUGACGAAAAUCGCGACGGCGACGACUCGGACUUUGAUGCGGACGACAGUUGUACGAAGGGCUUGGCUCAGAUGGCCGUCACGCUCGCACCAAUACAGCCGGUUGAAACGGUAACCUCAGGUUUUGAUGGUAAUGUCCACAACAACCACCACUAUCACCAACAGGAGUGUGGUGGUAGAGAAGACGAUUGCGGCGAAACCAGAUACGAUCAGAACCCUGAUUUUACUACUAGCGCAUAUUAUGACCAGGAUAACGAUGAUUACACCACAGUGAUUGGUUACCAGCAACAGCAACUCGAGUCCUUCACGACACCGGGAACAGCUUCUGAACCGGGUGAUUACUAUGAUUACGGAUGGGACUAUGAAACUGCGGCCAGUAGCGAACAGCAAACACCCCAAACGCCUUCCUAUUAUUAUCAACAACAACAACAGCAACAACUUGAGCGUCAACGACGCAGGGGUCGCAAGCCGAGGCGACUCAGUGACCCAUGCUCGACAUCUAUUUUCGAUCAGCUGGAUAACAAUGACCACGGUACAGAGCAACAUCGCCAGCCCUACCAACAACAGUAUGAAAUCAAUAAUUAUAAUAGCAUGUGUGGAAAAAAAAGUAGGCGAAAACAACAGUAUAACUACCAGCAUCGAUUACAGCAGCAACUGAAUAGUUAUGGAAGUGUAAGAGGAUUAUCGUCGGUCGCAUCGACACCAGGAAAAUCUGGAAAAAUGCAACAUCCACAUCGGGCCUGGUCUGAGAGUGAUGGGUUGGAUCAGUAUGGCGGUGGCUUCGUUCAACAAAUUCAAAAUCAGCAAAAGCCUCAACUGUUACUUCCACCCCCUGUACCUUAUUAUUGUGCUGCUGAAGCAGCCGAAUCGGGUUUUGCGCAAUACGUGCACAAAAGUCCGGGUGGCUGGUGGAUACGCACUAAGAAUAAGCGGCGUAGAAGACGUCAUAAAAGUACGAAGCGAAAGCAGAGUGGUAAGACUAAUACAACCGUUAUAGAUCGACGUCGAAGUUCCAGUGCUGGUCCGAAUGGUUACACCGUUACCGAUGACGAGAAUAGUUAUGGCUCAGAUUCGGGAUCAAACUCAGACCAUAGCCAAUCAAACUCUGAUGAACAAGAAAGUGAUGGCGAAUUUAUUGGGGCGCUCGCUGCUGCCGCAUCAUUUGGCCAGGACCCUGAUCGAGAAUGGUUGCAACGGGGAAGCGCUGGUGAUCCAGUAGCUGAUUGGGAUCGGUAUGACUGUGAGAGUGACUCAUCAGCCGAACCUAAUGACGAUAAUAUGGUUGAAUGGACAACGGAGAUUAUGGCCACUGAUAUAAGGCGUAAACAACCUCCAAACUGUUCAACAAUAGCUAUGUCGUCUAGGAUGGAACGUGACAAUUCCUUAAAUUUUUGUGAUGAACAGACACCAACACCUGUUUUUACAAACCGUCAUGUUCAUCAUCAACCAAAACAGCAAUCUGUUGGUCACUCACAACAAUCCCAACGGCAGCUAUUGGUGCCACAAUUCCGACCUCAACCACUCGAACCACCACCACCACCUGCGCUUAGCGUUGCAUUUACUGCCGUAGCCUGUCCGUGGUGGACAGUCCUAGAAGAUGUGUUGCAUGUGAAUGCCAAAACUUCAGGAGAGCAAUUAUCAUCAAAUAAAAAAAUCACGAGAUUACCGCUCCUCACGUUUGAUUAAAUAUAAACGUCGCUAAGAAAAAUAAUGAAUAAACAACGUUUUAAUUUUGUGAACACAUUAAAAAUUACUGUGUAUGCCUUAGUGAUGGCGUUAAACUCACUAAUUACUCAUAGAGUAUAAAAUAUAUAAAACAUUAUUGCAUGAUGGAAAACAAAAUACUUCAUCCCAGUUUUCGAAGUAAAACAAACAGAAAAAUAAACGUCAGCGGAGAAUAAUUAGUAUAGUUUAAGUUUUGUUUCACUUCUAGAGCUCUAAGAGACAAAUGCAAGGUUGAUAAUCAUAGUGUUUCGACUGUUUUGAACAUACUUGUAUAGUAUAUAUAUUAUGUGCUAGAAGAAUAUUAUAAGACACCUCAUGUCCAUUAAUUAAUUAAAAAUAACUACUAUAAGAAUUUAUGAAUAAAUUAUUGUGUUGAAAUGAAAAUCAAGAUAAAUAAACAUGAACAGUUGGAAUUAUAUUGUAUUAAUUACAAUUAUACGGUGAAUAAUUUUCGGGUAUACCGAUUAUAUAAGAGCAGCAAUUAGUUUAAAGUAUGAAUUAAAUUAGCGAUGACAAAAAGUUCAAACUAAACAUGCAUUUCUUAUGUACAAAUAUUCAUUGAUUCAGUCUUUGUUGGAAAAAAUAUCGUCUUAUUUCUUGUUCGUGAUAUCAAUCAAGUGCAUUUACUGAUUAGUAACUGUGACCAUACAUCUGCCAUGGCUUAAAAAUGAAUGCCAAGUCAACAUCCCAGUGGUCCUAACAAUGAAUUAUUUCUUUGUAACUGAGAACAAUAUUUGAUACCUGACGACCACAAGGCACAAACUGUAUUCCCGUCUAAAGAACACUGAUGUUGCAAUCACUUGAACAAUCAUUGUCAAUGAUGGAUAUAAGAAACGUUAAUCGCGGUUGUCAGGAUUAUUUGGCAAGUUUAUAUUAGUUGGCGGGUGCUGUAACAGUUACAAAAUCCAUUAUCUACGAAUGUAAUUAAGUUUUUACUGCUCAAAUUCUGGAAUCAACAGGCACAUAAUUUACACAUAAACCUAACUAGUUUUUACGCAUGUCUUUCCAUUCCACAUUAAUUACAUCACCAGUCACCACACCACACAUACAGCAUCCAAUUACUUCACCACCCCAUAAACACUCAAAUUAAUCAUUAUAUUUUCUUCAGAGCACUUAUUUAUUACAAAAAAUCAUUCACUCAAUAAAACCUUGCAUCUAAAACUUUGUUCAUACGUUAGUUAUGUAAAUGCAAAACUGUGUCGAGUACUAAUAAUUUGACUGAGAUUCUAAUGGUAGCAAAAUGUACAUCGUAGACAAGUAGCUUAUUUAUGUAGAAUUUUAAUUAUUGCAUAUAAGUACAACACAAUUGAUCAAGACUACAUUUAAAUUUUAAAUAUUUUAAGUACGCCACAAAUUUAAAUUGGCUUAAAAUUUUCUAUGGAACACAUAAUAUACUUGCUUAACAAACUUACAGUUAUUUUAUAAUUUAUUGUUCAUCUUAUAAUGUAGCUUAUGCGUGUACCAUUAAAUUUGUUACUUUGUUAGCAACGAGAGCAACUCAUAUAAACCUUUUUUUCUAUUAUAAUAUUGUCUUGCCAAUUCAGCAUGUCAUCUUUGUUAGUUGUAUAAUUUUAACUAUAUUUUCAAAAAUAAGCAUAGAUUUCUUACACAUCUCCUUCAAUUAAAAUCUUACCCAUCACAUGUGUGUUUAUUUACACUUGAGUGAAAAUACGUUUCUUUUUUAAAAAAGAAUCUGCACAUUUAAUUUCACUACUGAUUAAUGGUGUUGGUGUUGGUAUUGGAGUUGGUACUGUUUAUUAUCCUUGAGAAAAUCCUGAAGUUUAUUUUCUAAGUAUUACCUAUCUAUUUGUUUAAAUCACUGAAACAACAAAAAUGAUUAAAUGUUAUUUCUUAAUAAUCAUACUAACUUCGUUAUUUUGUAAAUUAUGUACUCUGACCUUAAAAACUUAAAAUAAAAGGACCAACUCUGUAUAUUUAAUUAUUAAUUAAAAUUUAACUUUUUUUUUAUAAAUUAUGAAUUGUUAUAUUCGACUAAGUUUUAUAAUAUGAUUAACUAAUAAUAUUUAAAAAAUUGUUUCUACUUGUGUUGAUGGUUUUGUAUUUUUAUUCAGUAUUAGUUUAAUAAGUGUUUCCGUAAGUUCUAUCUUACACAUUGAUAUGUUGUUAAAAGAUGUACUGUUUUAAUAUUAUUAUUCAUUACAAUAUAAUUUGUUUGUAUUUUAACGUAUACAUAACAUGAGUUUUUGUUAUUUAUAAGAAUGUAAUCCUCUUAAAGAUAUUAAAUUUCGAAAAAUAGUAAAAGGUACAUGGUAUAUAUUGUGUAAAAAUUACCAAAGUACUAAACAAUAAUAUGGCAAUGUAAUGUAAGUAUAACAAUAGUGU